CCUCAGCCUACAACGCCGGGCUGGUUUCUUUCUCUCUCUCCUUCUAUCUCUCUGUUUCGGUGCCUUUUCUCUUCAGGGAAGGAAAAGAAAGGAAAGAGGGAAGGCAUGGACGUCGGGGAGCUGCUCAGCUACCAGCCGAAUAGAGGGACAAAAAGGUCUCGCGAAGAUGAAGAGGAGGAGCUGAAAGUCCGGCACAAGCACUCUGGGGGGGCGCGGGAACGGGGUCGCCACCGGGAAGAGGAGCCCCCCGCGGCCGAGGAGACGGAGGACGAGAAGAAGAAGCUGCUGCAGAUAAUCGAGAAGGGGGACGAAGAAGAGGAGGAGGACGAGCCCCUGGACGAAAGCUCCGUGAAGAAGAUGAUCCUCACUUUUGAGAAGAGGUCCUACAAGAACCAGGAGCUCCGGAUCAAGUUCCCAGACAACCCAGAGAAGUUCAUGGAAUCAGAACUGGAUCUCAACGACAUCAUCCAGGAGAUGCAUGUGAUUGCAACUAUGCCGGAUCUGUACCAUCUCCUGGUGGAGCUCAACGCCGUCCACUCCCUCCUCGGCCUGCUGGGACACGACAACACUGAUGUCUCCAUCGCGGUGGUGGACCUUCUGCAGGAGCUCACCGACAUCGACACUCUCCACGAAAGCGAGGAAGGAGCCGAAGUCCUCAUAGACGCCUUGGUGGACGGUCAGGUGGUGGCGUUGCUGGUGCAGAACCUGGAGCGCUUGGAUGAAAACGUCAAGGAAGAGGCCGAUGGUGUCCACAACACUUUGGCGAUCAUUGAAAACAUGGCGGAGUUCCGGCCAGAGAUGUGUUCGGAUGCCGCUCAGCAGGGCCUCAUGCAGUGGCUCCUCAAAAGGCUAAAGGCCAAGAUGCCCUUUGAUGCCAACAAGCUCUACUGCAGCGAGGUCCUGGCCAUUCUUCUCCAGAAUAAAGACGACAACCGGGAAUUGCUUGGGGAACUGGAUGGAAUUGAUGUGCUGCUUCAGCAGUUAUCGGUGUUCAAGCGCCACAAUCCCAGCACCGCGGAGGAGCAGGAGAUGAUGGAGAACCUCUUUGACUCGCUGUGCUCCUCGUUGAUGCUGAGCUCCAACCGGGAGCGCUUCCUCAAAGGGGAGGGGCUCCAGCUGAUGAACCUCAUGCUCAGGGAGAAGAAAAUUUCCAGGAGCAGCGCCUUGAAAGUGUUGGACCACGCCAUGAUUGGGCCCGAAGGGGCGGACAACUGCCACAAGUUCGUGGACAUUCUGGGCUUGAGGACCAUCUUCCCGCUCUUCAUGAAGUCCCCGAAGAAAAUCAAGAAGGUGGGGACCUCCGAGAAGGAGCACGAAGAACACGUCUGUUCCAUCUUGGCCUCCCUCCUGAGGAACCUUCGGGGUCAGCAAAGGACUCGGCUGCUCAAUAAGUUCACAGAGAACGACAGUGAGAAGGUUGACAGGCUGAUGGAGUUAUAUUUCAAGUACCUGGACGCCAUGCAGGCGGCUGAUAAGAAGAUCGAAGGCGAGAAGCACGACAUGGUACGCCGUGGGGAGAUCAUUGACGACGACAUGGAGGACGAGUUCUACCUCCGCCGUCUGGACGCCGGUCUCUUCAUCCUCCAGCUCAUCUGCUACAUCAUGGCGGAGAUCUGCAACGCCAGCAUCCCACAGAUUCGCCAGAGGGUCCACCAGAUAUUGAACAUGCGAGGAAGCUCCAUCAAAAUAGUCCGGCACAUCAUCAAAGAGUAUGCGGAGAACAUUGGGGACGGGAAGAACCCUGAAUUCCGGGAGAGCGAGCAGAAGCGGAUCGUGGAGCUGCUGGACAACUUCUGAACAUCUUGUCUUUGGCUGGACAUGUCUGCACGGCAACUUGGGAAUGGACUUUCUCGAAAAUGGAAUUCCUGAGGUUUUUAGGGAUAUUAAAGAUGGUUUGUUUUGGUUUUGUA